GGUCCCGGAGCCGCUCCGUCCCUCCCGCCCCGGGGCGGGACCGGCACUCCCGGGUGCGGGCGCGCAGAUAAAAUCUGGCCUUGCGGGAGGCGCUGUUCACCGGUAGGUGAGGGGCCCUCCGUCAGGAAAAAAAAAAAAAACAAAACACAAAACCAACAAAAACCAAACCAACAGAAAACCCGAAAAAAAAACCCAGGAGGAGAAGAUGGAGGAAGCAGAAGAGGAUGACAUGACAUGUGGAGACUUGGGAAACGGACUUGGGAGAAGACCGGGAGGUGUUUAUGAAGGGGAAAACUUACAAAAUUCCUAUUCAAUUAGAUCUAGGAAGGGAUCUGGGAAGACUUGUAAUUCCCCUUUGUCGGCAAAAUUAGCAGAAGAAAGUGAUGCUGCAGCUCCUGGUCCCAAACGAAACAGCUUUUACGAUGGAUCACUCAAAAAACCUGCCUCUAGUUCCACGCGACAGAAUAGCUGUGAAUGUAAUACUGAAGUGUCAAAUGAAGAAAUAAAGCAACAACUUCGGGAAGCUCUGGAGGAACUUGAAAAUUUGAAAGUUGAGUUUGAAGCGUCUCAAAGACAGCUUGAGGGAAAAGAUGAAGCCCUAAGAAUCCUGCAGAGCGUGGCAAUAUUUGAUAAAGCCACAAGCCAUACAAAAGCAAUGCUUCAGAAAACUGAGGAAGAAAAGAGGACUCUAGAGAAGGAAAUAAAUAUUUUGCAAUGGGAAAUUGAAUUUGAUCAGGACAGAUUUAAAAACAUAGAAGACACCUGGACAGAAAAAUAUGAUAGGAUAUACUGUGAAAAUGCAGCUCUUAAGGAAGCAUUGCAACUGAGGACAGAAGAAGUUAAAACAUUUAAAGCUGAAAAUGCAAUCCUUAACCAGCAGUGCUCGGAAUUCCUUGCAAUGUUAGAUGUGAAACAACAGAAAUUUUUUCAGGAGAACAUGUCAUUGAACAAAAGUGUCAUUACAGAUUUUACAGGUCUUGAACUGGCAGUGCUUGGAGCCUGCACCUGCAGUCCUGCUGAAGGGCAGCCUUGUCCCUGUGCCAAAGCGGCAGCUCUCACUCGGAAGCAAGUCCUUCAUCUCAAGCAAGAGAUUGAAAAUCUGAAGAAGAGUAAGGAUGAAGCGUAUAUCAUGGCAGAUGCCUUCAGAAUUGCUUUUGAGCAGCAACUGAUGCGGAAAAAAGACCAGGCCCUGAGGCUGGCCGAAGUGAUAAACAUGAAGAAGGAAACCAAAUUUGCAAACUGGAGAUGUCUGCGAGGCACUGAGCGUGUCAAGUUACAGGGGAACAAGAACAACCUGGGGUGGAAGCUGUCCAGCCUGCUCUCAUCAGAUGGAGACUGCAGGAAGGUCGAGGAGCUGGGCAAUGCCCAUGAAAUCCUGAGGAUGUUGAUAGAUCUGGUGAACGACAAGGAGGAGGCCCUGGCACACCAGCGCAAGGUCAGCUACAUGCUGGCACGGGCAGCUGAGGCCAGGGAGGCCGGACCGGGGCAGGACAAGGGGAACACGGCAGGAAGGUGUUCACUUGGACCGCAGAGCUUCCCGGACACCCCUUACACCGACAGCCAUCAUCUCCCCGUCCCAAGCUGUGCUUCUGCCCUGCCCCUCACAGGAGCAGCCCUGGCUGCAGGGCUCCGAAGGUCGCGCUCCUGGCCCUCAGCGCUGGGGGAAGGCUGAGGGUCUGCUCUAGUUGUCACUGUAGCUGUGCAUGGGUGCAGCGUGCUUUAUAAAAGAGAAACACCAGAAACUGUGCUGUGGUGAUGUCACAGCGCAGGCGCAGUGGCGGUCCUUGGGGCGAGAGGGGCAGUGUUCGUCAGUUCCACCGGAGAAGGGUGUGUUGGCAGCCCAGGCCCUUCCCUGAGCCCACGGCAUCCAGUGACAGAGUAAGAGUGACAUCACUGUGUGUGGAUGUGACGUCAUGAGAACAGGCUCAGACAAACAUCUGCCCUGGCAGGGCUGAGGGCGCGCAGUGACGUCACCGCGGGGGUCUGAGGGUGUGCCACU